UUAAAUUUCCUUGGGAGAAUCUAAUUGUCUCACCUGGUAAAAACCAGAUCUCUCUAUUUCACUAUAGCCUUCCUUUACCCUCAUAUGAUUUAUUUUCCUUCUCAAUGCCCAUUGAUUAAUUCAAAUUUCAGAUUUGAAACUCUCUUUCAAUCGAAACUGAGAUUACUCUUCUUCUGGACGAUUGAUUUAGAUGAAUUUUCCGUAGCCACCGCCGAUUCGCCUUCGAAGCAAAAUUUCAAGCUGAUUUACCGAGUAUGGCAUCUUCAAGCAAAGCCAAUUUAACUGAAGAAGAAUAUGAAGAAGAGGAAGUUGAACACUUCGAUGAUUUCACUCUGGCUUCUUCAUGGGAAAGGUUCAUAUCUGAAAUAGAGGCUACGUGUCGGCAGUGGUUAGCUGAUGGUCCAAAGAAUUUGCUGGAAAAGGGAGCUGUUCAUUUGGAUUCCUCUAAGAUCAUAUAUAAGGUCAAAUCUGAGUUGAAAAAUGCUGCGAAAAUCUAUUCCAUGGAGUACUACUUUGAAAUCAACAAUACUGGCAAAAUUGCUGACUGGAAUUGCACUUUGCAUGAUUUGCAGCUUUGCUUUGGAGUAAAAGAAUUCUUGGUGAUUUCACCUCAAAGUGCCAGCGGUGUUGUUCUUGAUGCGCCAGAGGCUAGCAAGCUUUUAAGUGCUGUUGCAAUCGCUUUGUCAAAUUGUUCAAGUUUGUGGCCAGCAUUUGUCCCCGUCCAUGACCCUUCAAGAAAGGCUUUUAUUGGAAUCCAAAAUAUGGGAACAGUUUUUACUAGAAGGUUUGAGGCAGAUCGUAUUGGUAGCCAGGUUCCCAUAAAGUUCAUGCAUCUGGAAGGAUUGUAUGAGUUGUUUGUUUCUAAGUUUGCUUACUCUACAUUGGACCAUUCAAUGCAUAUUUUCAAAGUACAUCUUAUAAUGAAACUCACCUAUCGAACCCUUCCCAAUGAUGACGAAGGGGACGAUGAUAUCCAAGAAGCUGAUGCUGAAAAUGUAGAAUCUGAAGUGAGUCUGGGCGAUGAUAAUCGCAAUAAGAAGCUUUGGGAUGAUGAUUGCCCUUGGAGUGAGUGGUAUUCUGCAGAAGAUCCUGUGAUGGACACUGGUUUGAUGGAUUCGAUGCAUGUAGGAUUUGAUUUAGUGACCACUUGGUCUGAAAAGGUGGUCGAAAGCUCCUUUGAAAUGGCUGAAUUGGAAAAUGCCUCACCCCAUGAAGCUGAGAAGUGGAUUCUAGUGCCAAAUUUGUCUCCAAAUCUUGAUAGUUCAAAAGGAGACAGAGUUGGAUUCGGUUCCCAGUUGCAGCUUUUGGUUAACGCACUGGAUAUGCCAUUUGAAGCUCAAUUUAUGGAGGACUUUGUUUCAGUUGAAAACCCUGGUUCAGACAAUUUAAAGUCCUCUAUGGUUAUACCGCCACCAACGGUCCUUGAACGUGUGGUUAAUGAUCUCUUCCAUGAAGGUCUCCAAUUACCUGAUUUUGCUAAAGGCGAACAUAAGAGUUCUCGAGCUAUUAAAGGUGCACCUGUUGAGUCUCUCUUCGCGCAGUUUUGUUUACGCUCAUUAUGGUUUGGGAAUUGUAGCAUACGUGCCAUUGCUGUGCUCUGGAUAGAGUUUGUUCGAGAAAUUCGUUGGUGUUGGGAAGAGUCACAGCCAUUGCCUAAAAUGCCAGCCAAUGGUUCAAUUGACCUUGCAACUUGUUUAAUCAACCAGAAAUUACAAAUGCUUGCAAUAUGUAUUGAGAAGAAGCAUGAACUAUAUGAAGAAUUUGAAGACUGUAUUGGAAGUAAUGAUGAUGCAUCUUCACAUAUGGAGGAAGACAUUCAAGCUGGAGAGAAGUCUACUAGUUUUCAUGCUCAGAGUCAAGGCUUUGAUGGCAAAAGUGACAGUCCCUUGACUCCAAAAGGUUUUAAUGGAUCUAAAACAGUUGUAUCAAAGUUUAGUACAAAUUCUCAAGACGUGUGUUCUGCUGAUAAAAGCCCUUCAGAUUCUAUCAGAAGAGGCUCAGCUGGUCCUGUAGGGUCUAUGAAGCUUCUGAAAUCAUGUCAGAGCUUGCAUGCUCCAUUCACACAGAAUGCACCGCUCAUGACAGAAGACAUGCAUGAAGAACGACUCCAUGCUGUUGAGGCCUUUGGUGAUUCAUUUAGUUUUUCUGCACAGUUGGAGAGAGAAACAUUAUCUUCAGAUAUGUCAGCCUUUAAAGCUGCCAAUCCUGAUGCUGUUUUUGAAGAUUUUAUCCGGUGGCAUUCACCUAGAGAUUGGGAGAAUGAUGAAAGUGAAGCAAAUGGUCUGUCCAAAAAUCUUGCAGAGAAUGUGAAGGAUGACUGGCCUCCUCGAGGACGACUUUCACAGAGAAUGUCUGACCAUGGGAACUUGUGGCGAAAGAUUUGGAAUGAUGCUCCUAUUUUGCCAGCUUAUGAGCAGAAACCACUGCUGGAUCCAAACCGAGAAGGAGAGAAGAUCCUUCAUUAUCUGGAAACCGUGCGACCCCAUCAGCUGCUUGAGCAAAUGAUUUGUACUGCCUUCAGAGCAUCAGCUGACACACUAAACCAAACAAAGUUCGGAAGCUUGAAGCAGAUGACCACGAAAAUGGACCAACUCUACCGUACUAUGGCGUCUACAUUAAGGCCUUUGCAAGUGAAUCUAUCAUCUGGCAACAGUGAGACUAUUGAAGACCUCAGACGGCUUUGUAUUGUCUUUGAACAUGUUGAGAAGUUAUUAUCACUUGCAGCUUCUCUUCAUCGAAAAUUCAUACAAGCGCCUCGCAUCUCGGAAGCUAUUUUCAGUGACUACUACAACUUUUACCUUCCAACCAUGGGAAUGGGCUCAACUGAUGUAGAUGUUCAGAAGGAGUUUGACAUGAAGCUGCAACUCAGGCUUAAUGAGAGACACGUUGUAUCAAAUAUGUUCACGCCACCCACUGCUAAUCAGUCAUGGAGAAAAGUUUUAAGCAUGGGCAAUCUUCUCAACGGCCAUGAACCGAUCCUCAGGGAAAUCAUCUUUUCCAUGCGUGAAAACGCUGGUGGUAGUCACUACGCAGCCAGCAGUCCCAGGGGUUAUCAACCGGAAAUAGAAACAUAUCGGAUGUAUAUACGUGGAACCUCAAAUGAUCUCCGGGUAGCACUUUCUGUAACAUCACACGAUUAAUUUCUUUUUACAUGAUACACAGUUUAAGUGAUAUGUCUGUUGUUUUGAUGGGUCUAUUCCACCCUUUAGAACAAAUGGCAGACCGAUGCUUUUGCUUUCGAAGGUGUGAAAUACUUUUUUGGUUUUUUCGUUC